AUGACGAUGGAUGACAGAAAGCGGAAGAAGCGCAGCGGCGACGACAGCGAGAGCGACGGGGAGGAGGAGGGGAAGGGGAGGCGAGGCGAGGAGGGGCGGAAGGAGAGGAAGGAGAGGAAGGAGAAGGAGCGAAAAGGAGGGCGACGGGAGAAAGGCGAGAGGCGACGGAAACGACGGGAGAAGAAGCGACGGUCUUCAAGCGACGAUGACGCCUCGAGCUCUGAUUGGUCGGGCUCCAGUCGAAAUAGCAGCAGUAGUGAGAGCGAGAGCAGCAGCGAUUCCGAUUCGUCGUCAGAUCAUGGCAAGAAGCGUGAGCGGCGGCGAGAGAAGCGGGGAAAGGAGAAGGAGAAGCGGAGAAGUAAGGAAGGCGGGAGGGGGCACGAGCAGGACGGUGAGUCGGCAGAAGAUCGGUUGGAGCGGGAUUUGCGGCGGAUGAUGCGGGAGUUCCCGUUGGACGUGUCGCACGACCUCGUGCGCCUCCUCGAGCGCGUCGACGGCGGCGAGGCGGUCGACGUUGGCGGCAUCCCGGACCGCCGCCUCAAGAAGCUUCUCGGAAGCAUCUUCCGCUCGCUGGGGAUUGAUUCUCAAGGCAAGAGCAAAGGGAAAGGCGGUAAGAGCAAGCGCGCCUCGCUCUAUCAGCUUCCCAGUGCGGCUCCGCGCUGCCUGCCACGUGUCGUGCCGCUAGUGGCCAAACUGCUGCAGAAUCUGCCAGAUCCUGAAGCUGCUGCUGCUGGGGCUGAAAAUGGUGGCAGUGGGGGGAAGGGGGAAGAGCGCGGAGAGGGGAGGGAAGGCGGAAGCGACCUGGCGGAAGGGGGAGGAAGGGGAGGAGACGAAGCGGCAGUGCGCCCACCCGUAAAACCCCUCUGGUCCACCCCACGGUUCAAGCCCUCCCUCCACACUGCCCCCCCUCCCUCCACACCGCCUCCCCUCCCUCCACACCGCCUCCCCUCCCUCCACACCGCCCCCCCCUCCCUCCACACCGCCCCCCCUCCCUCCACACCGCCCCCCCUCCCUCCACACCAACCAACCCCCGCCCUCCCGCCCCCAACUCCCCCCAACUCUUCCUCCCCCCCUUCCCCCCUCCCCUUAGCAGCAUGGGCCCCGCCAUGCCCACGGCGGCGCAGCUGCAUGGGCCCCGCCAUGCCCACGGCAGCGCAGCUGGCGGCUGCAGCAUCGCUCACGCGCGCCGUGGAGGUGAUGGAGGAGGCGGAGCAGGCGCUGCAAGAGAGCCCGUUUGUGGGCCCCAUGCCGCCCGCCCUGGCUGCUGAGGCAGCCAACGCGACCCAGGCGGAGAAAUACGAGGAGGUGGAGCGCAUUCUCAACCCAGAGCUGACUGCGUACGCCAUCUUGGGGGUGACGCCUGCUGCGGGCGACAGCGAGAUUAAGAAGCGCUACUGGAAAGCAUCGCUGCUGGUGCAUCCGGACAAGUGCAGCCACCCGCGCGCGCAGGAGGCGUUUUUGCGGCUGAACGACGCCGUGAACCGACUCAAGGACCCCAGUAAGAGAUCAGUGGUGGAUGCAGAGAUUGCAGCCAGAGAGGAGCGCAAAGAAAUGGAGGCGGAGCUAAGGGCGCUGAGGGAGGCAGCCGAGUGGCGCAAGCUCAGAGGCGAGGCCCUGCCCGGGGAUGACGAGCUGCUGGGCACAGCGAAGCGGGAAGGCAUGGAGCGCGAGACAUGGAUGACAGAGCUGCCUCCUGAACGACAGGCCCGCCCGCCAGCUCAGACCAACACAUUCUUUAGUCGCAGUGACAAAGUGGGACGGGGCGACACGUCAGCAUGGACCGACAACCCUGAGCAGCGAGCUGCCAGGGCCAAGCAACAGUACCUGGAGGCCUAUUCCUCUGCUGCCAAUGCCCUCGAGGGCCCUUCUGCUGACUCAGCUGCCGCCCUGCAGUCACUACAGGACAAGCGCACGGCGGCGCUAGUGGACAAUCUUGCCGCCCAGAAGCAAGCCGUUUCAUUGGUGGAGCAGCACCGGAAGAAACAGGCCGAGGGGGCCAAGAAAAAGAGCAUGGGGAAGGAGAAAGGGAAGGGGAAAGGGGAGGGAGAGAGAGGGGGAGGCGGGAAUGCAGGGUGGCGGAUGUGGGACAGGGAGAAGGAUCUAGAGGUCAAGCCCAAGGCCAUGAAGUGGACGGCAGACGGCAUGGCUCAGGGCCUUUCCGGGCGGUUCUCGGGUGCACAAUUGGGCAGCCGAAAGUUUUUGUAA